CCGCCAACUCCUCCUGGCCAACGGCUGAGAUACUCCGAUCCGAAACCUACCACUUGCGAGCUGGACUUCGACCUGCGGAAUUCGAAGGUCCCUUCCCCCCCCCGAGUAUGCAAACAACGACGGCCUCGAUUUCGAGAAUCCCGAUUAAUAAUGGGCGGCUCCUUACUUGAAUUGCUCGGCAAAGCCGACAACCUCAAUGACCCUGUGCCGGUUCUCAACCAGCGACCAGCGGUCCUGGCUAUGAUUGUUUCUUUUCUGCUUGUCGCCUGGAUUUGCGGUACUUUUCGACUCUAUGUUCGAUUAUGUAUUGCACGAUGUCCGGGCUGGGAUGAUUUCUUUGUUGUAUUAUCUAUGCUCACCAGCUUGCUUUUAUCUAUCGCGACUUGCGUCGCCACGGAUUAUGGAUUGGGAAAGCACUUUCUCUUACUCGGAGUGAAUGGCAUGCAAGCCUUCAUCAAGGCCUUUUACGUCUGCAACGGCGCAUACCCGAUGGCAACAGCCCUCAUAAAACUGGCCUUGCUCUUCCAAUACCUACGAAUGUUUGAAAACAAUACGAAAUCUCGAUUCGUUACCAUCGUCGUCAUUGUGAUCACCGCGCUAUGGGGUAUAGCGUACUCUUUUAUCGCCUGGGUCCCCUGCAUCCCCGUAUCGGCCUUUUGGGACCUUGCAUCGACGACCGAGACCCGAUGGGGGUUUGGCUCCCACGACCCCGUCAUCUUUGCGCGCAGCUUCGAGAGCCACGUUGGAAUUAACGUGGCGUUGGACCUGAUUGUUUUUGCGAUACCUAUUCCCCUGUUUUUGGAGGCUGGGAUUCGGACGAAGUCGCGCUUGGGCUUGCUCGGUCUGUUCACCAUGGGUGUUCUUGUGAACGUUCUUGGAAUCUUCCGUCUCAUCGGCAUUUCACAUACAAGAGCGGGCACGUACCCGACCCUCGAUCCCAGCUGGUACGGCUGCGUGCCCAUUGUCCUCGCCGCCGUCGAAAUCAACAUGGCGACGAUUUGCGCCUCGCUGCCCGUCUUCUGGCCCACCCUGCAAAGUAGCCUCGGCCAAAUCUUCAUCACGAAAGAAAUCGAAAUCACGUCCGAGAUCCGCCGUCUCAGUAGCAUCCGAGACGAGGAAGGCACCGCCGAGCUGUGCGACUUUUCAUCGCCGCAAAAGCCGAACAAGGCGUAUGGGGGAGCUGAAAGCAACGUGACAACAAAAGUCGAGGUCGAGUCAAAGGGGCUUCACUCAAAACAGAGCGAAAUAUCACUGUUUUCUGAUGGGUUCAAGAGGAUAGCGGACGAUCAAGAGUCACAUGAUCGUCUCGUACCGUCGCCAUCACGUAGUCGAAUGAGGUCAUGA